AUGUCUACGAAUUUAUCAAAAAAAGAUAAAAAAGAUAUUGGUUGGAAGUAUUGUUAUCAAAAUGAAGGGGAAAAAGCUGUUCGGUGCAAAUUUUGUCAUCAUAUAUCGAAUGGAGGGAUUACUCGCUUGAAGGAACAUUUAGCUCAAACUCAAGGGGUUGGUUCACCUUGUGUUAGUGUUCCGGAUGAUAUUAAGAAAGAAAUUAGAGAAUCACUUGACAAAAUUAGAGCAUCUAAAAGUAAACAAACUGAAUUGUUACGAGAGAUCGGUGAAGGUCCCCAAAGUAUGAGUACGCAAUCAUCAAAAGUUGGAAGUGUAGGGGGAAAUUCAAUUGGAUGUUCUGGUAGUGGUGAAUCAAAAGGUAAAGGUACUCUUCAUGAGUUUGUUAGUUCCGAACCUCGACAAACAACCCUAAAUUCGACAUACAAAAAAAAUUUGUUGGUUGAUGUGAAGCGUAGAAUUGGCCGUUUUAUUUACUCUGCCGCACUUCCGUUUAAUGUUGUGAAUGAUCCUUAUUGGCUGCCUAUGGUUGAGGGCAUUGCGGAAUAUGGAAGAGGGUUCAAGCCUCCUUCAAUGCAUGAGUUAAGAACUUGGAUACUUAAAGCUGAGGUUGAUGGCAUCAACCUAAUAUAUGAGGAGCAUAAAAAGGCAUGGAAAAAAUAUGGAUGCACUAUUAUGUCCGGUGGUUGGACGGAUGGAAAGAAUAGAAGUUUGAUCAAUUUUUUAGUAAAUAGUCCCGCCGGCACUUUCUUUUUGAAAUCUAUUGAUGCAUCAGAUUCUAUUAAAAAUGGGGAAUUGAUCUUUAAAUAUCUUAAUGAUGUUGUUGAUGAGGUGGGAGAGGAAAAUGUAAUUCAAAUUAUCACGGAUAAUGCUUUGAAUUGCAUUAAGGCGGGGAAAAAAAUUAUGGAGACUAGACAUAAAAUUUGGUGGACACCUUGUGCGGCGCAUUGCAUUGAUCUAAUGUUGGAGGAUAUUGCAAAGUUGAAGAUUUUUUCUGACACAAUUGAGCAUGCUAAGAUGGUUGUGAAGUUCCUUUAUGGUCAUGGGACUAUACUUUCUUUGAUGAGAAAGUAUACAAACGGUAAAGAAAUUCUCCGUCCCGCUGUUACUCGCUUUGCUACUUCAUUUCUCACUCUUCAGAGUAUGUAUAAGGUUAAAAGGCCACUUGAACAAAUGUUUGCUUCCGAAGAUUGGGUUAGUUCACCACUAUCUCAAACAACUCAGGGGAAGGUCGUGAAGAGAAUUGUUAUUAAUGAUCCCAACUUUUGGCCACAUGUUGCAUUUUGUGUUAAGAGUGUUGUUCCUCUUGUAAGUGUGUUAAGGGAAGUUGAUUCGGAGGAGAGAUCGGCCAUGGGAUAUAUUUAUGAACUUAUGGAUAAGGCAAAAGAGACAAUAAAAUUUAAUUGUGGGGGAGUUGACAGAAAAUACAAACCCAUUUGGAAAAAAAUUGAUUCACGAUGGACUCCACAACUUCAUCAUCCUCUACACGCGGCCGGGUACUAUUUGAAUCCGCAAUUGCGUUAUGAAGAAAGAUUUUCUUAUUGUGAUGAAGUUAGAGAUGGAUUGUAUACUUGCAUGGAUAGGAUGUUGUCUUCUGAUGAUCGUCUUAAAGCAGACAUCCAAUUGGACUUAUAUAAUAAAGCUGAAGGAGAAUUUGGAACUCCAAUAGCAAAACGAACAAGAAUGUUGCGAACUCCGGUCUCGUGGUGGGAACGUUUUGGAAGUAAGACACCCGAGCUUACUACAUUUGCAAUUCGAGUGCUUGGUCUCACGUAUAGUGCUUCGGGAUGUGAAAGAAAUUGGAGCACUUUUGAAUCGAUUCAUACAAAAAAGAGAAAUAGGCUUGAACAUGCAAAGUUGAAUGCGUUGGUGUUUGUGAAAUAUAACUUCAAGCUUAGGGAGAGAAGUAUUAGGAGGAGAGACAAGAUUGAUCCCAUUGUAGUUGAUGAAAUUAAUUCAGAUGAUGAAUGGAUAACUGAGAAAGAAGGUCCAGUUCUCCCCGUAACUACUAAAUGGCUUGAAGAUGAUGAAUUAUUUGAAAGUGAUCCUAUUGUGAGUGUGCCAUCUGCUACCUUUGAAAGUCUUUUCGACUCAGAUAAGCGAGUCGAAGAUGUUGAGGAUAUAGUUGAAGUUCCUCCUACGAAUUCAAAAAAAAGAGUUGCUGAAAAUUCAAAUAAGCACUAA